UUUCAGUUAUGUCUGGCCGCGGAAAGCAAGGAGGCAAGGCCCGCGCCAAGGCCAAGUCGCGCUCGUCCCGCGCAGGUCUGCAGUUCCCAGUGGGGCGAGUGCACCGUCUGCUACGCAAAGGCAACUAUGCUGAGCGGGUGGGGGCCGGCGCGCCCGUGUAUAUGGCGGCAGUCCUCGAGUACCUGACCGCCGAAAUUCUGGAGCUGGCGGGCAACGCGGCCCGAGACAACAAGAAGACGCGCAUUAUUCCUCGUCACCUUCAGCUGGCCAUCCGCAACGACGAGGAGCUGAACAAGCUGUUGGGCAAAGUCACCAUCGCCCAGGGUGGUGUUUUGCCCAACAUCCAGGCCGUUCUGUUACCAAAGAAAACUGAAAGCCACAAAGCCAAAAGCAAAUAAAUCCAGACAAAGUGAACCAAA